AUGGCCAAUAUUUCAUCGUUGAUUAGACACUCUGGUAUUUGGAACGACGAGAAUAAAUACGUCAAUUACAAAAUCGAUGCUGCGACUUUUAAGGAGUAUUCGACGUAUGACGAAUUUUUACAAACAGUUGCAACCCAAUUGAAUUUGGACAAGAAAAUGAAAAACAUAAGCAUAAAAUACAUGGUUGAAGGUGAUUCUAUUCCAAUGGAAAUUCACAAUGACAUGGGUGUUAGGGUGUAUGUGGAACUGAAGAAAGAGAACAAAGCAUUACCAAUGUACCCAUUAUGUAUCAUUACAACUGAUAGAAGCAUGGAGAUAUGUAUAUCGAAUGAGAGUUGUGUUGAAGGUGAUUAUUUGCAAAUCGGACACACGAAUCAAACAGUUGGUUCCCGUGAUUUUGAAUCAUCAAGUUGUGGAAAGGCUGAUUUGUUAUUCGAAAACAACAAGGGUAUGGUUAUUGAUGACAAGAACCAAAAAGUAGUUGCCGUCGAUCAAGUAUACAAGGAUAAAGAUACAUUAAAAGCUGUGAUGGUGAAUUAUGCAAUUACGAACAGGUUCAACUAUCAGACAGAAAGGAGCAAUGCAAUAAGGGCGUCCAGUGUCGGUAAGUCAGGAAUGUUUAGAGUUAGGGAGUUUCAAGACAAACAUACAUGUCCAUUAAAGGAAAAGGUUUAUUCCCAAUGCCAAGCUACAAGUCGGUUGAUAAGUGGGAUUGUCAAACCAAAAAUAUCAAAUCAUAAGAGGAAAUAUACGCCUAAAGACAUUGCGGAGGACGUCAAAAAUGAUUUUGGAAUGGAUGUGUCGUACAUGGUUGCUUGGCGGGCCAAAGAAAGGGCGAUGAACGAUUUAAUGGGUGAACCGGCUGAAUCUUAUAAAAGACUACCUCGAUAUCUAUACAUAUUGGAUAAUACUUACCCGGGUUCACAUAUUAGAAUGCGUAAAAUCCGCGAAAAUGAAUUUCUGUAUGUUUUUAUAGCACUAUAUGCAUUUAUCAAAGGCUUUGAUUAUUGUCGACCAAUUGUGGUGGUUGAUGGAAGCCACUUAAAAACACCAUACAAUGGAACAUUUGUCUUGGCAAGCACAUUAGACGGUGCAGGCAACAUACUUCCCUUAGCAUAUGGUGUCAUUGAUUCUGAGAAUGACAGAUCAUGGACGUGGUUUUUUGAGCGUUUCAGAGAAUCAUAUGGAAUUAGAGAGAAUAUGUGUAUCGUAUCAGAUAGGCAUGAAAGUAUAAACAAGGCUGUUUGUCGAAUUUAUCCAGAAGUUGCACAUUAUGCAUGUAUUUGGCAUCUGUGGGGUAAUGUAUGUAAAAAAUACAAGAAGAGCCAUGAUGUGCUGAGUCCUGUUUUUUAUUCCAUGGCAAAGGCAUACACGCAGGAUGAUUUCGAUGAGUUAAUGGGAAAGGUUCAAAAGGUAGAUAUGUGCGUGGCAGAGUAUUUGGAAUGGGCUGGUAGAGACAAAUGGGCUAGAUUGUAUGCAUCUGUUAACCGAGGGUGGACAAUGACUUCUAAUAUAGCAGAGUGCAUUAACCGACAUCUUCUAGCAGCUAGAGAACUGCCUAUAUAUGACUUUCUCGAAGAAGUUAGAAGGAUGUUUGGGAGAUGGAAUUACAAUAACCGGAGAAAUGGAACAUACACGUUCACUACACUCGGUAAAAAGUUUCAGGAGAUGCUAUCAAUCAACGAGUAUCUAUGUCUACGAAUGACGAAAAAUCUGGUUGCUGAGGAUUAUUGCUCCGAUUUGUUCAAACCGGAGACCGUGUUGAAGACAUAUGAUGUACCUGUGGAUCCUCUACCCGACAAGCGUGAAUGGAACAUUCCCAAAAACAUCUUGGAGGAUGUGAUUUUGCCACCAAGAUACAAGAGACCGCCUGGUAGGCCAAAGAAGAGGCGUGAUAAGCCUUUAAGUGAAUUGUUGUUUGGAAAGAGCAGACAUGCUUGCAGUACUUGUGGACAACUUGGGCACAACAGACGUUCAUGUAGUUUUGAGCCUCUGAGGAAGUGA